UCCCCAUAAGCACAGCCCGGCCCAUGCCCGCCCAUCGGACCGCCUUUCCAUCCUCCGGUUCUGGAUUCCUUCCCGAACGUGAUGCUGCCGGCAGCUGCUCGCGGUGCGCACCGACAGGCUCGGCGUAGGGCUCGCUGUAAACGCUGCCACCCGUCCGCAUCGACCCCGGCGAGCGCCAUGGAAAAUGAAGCCAACGCCCCGUCCUCCAGUUUACUCUCACCCUCCACGACCCCCUUCAAGGAAGAACUGCUGUGUCCCAUCUGCUACGAACCCUUCCAGGAGGCGGUGACUUUAUGCUGCGGACACAACUUCUGCAAAGGCUGCAUCAGCCGCUCCUGGGAACACCGGCCCCACAUGUGCCCCGUCUGCAAGGAAACCUCCUCCUUCGAAGACCUCCGUGUCAACCACACGCUUAAUAACUUGGUGGAGAUGAUCCUCCGAGAGGAAGGGAGACGACAGGGCCGACCGGCCGCCCUCUGCCCCCUGCACCACGAAGAAGCCAAUCUGUUCUGCCUGGAUGACAAGGAGCUGGCGUGCUUCGCCUGCCAGGGCUCCAAGCAACACGAAGGGCACAAGAUGAGGCCGGUGCAGGAGACGGCGAUGGAUUUCAGGGCUUGCGAGGGUCCUGAGGGCGUCUCCCCCCCGCAGGCCAAGCUGAAGAACAUGGAGACCUCCCUGCAGGACAAGGUGAAGGAUUUUGGGGCUGUGCAUCGCUCCUACGAGUCCAUCUCCAAACACAACAAGAUGGAGGCCAAGCGACUGGAGGAGCAGAUCAAGAGGGAAUUUGAGAAGCUACAUGAGUUUCUUCGGGAUGAGGAGAAGGCGCUGCUGUCGCAGCUGCAGGAGGAGAAGCAGCACAAACACAGCCUCAUUGAGAGCAAAAUGAAGCAGCUGGCGGAGAACAGCCAGGCGGUGCGCAGCGAAGCCCGACAGCUCCAGGCUGACCUCCAGGAGGACGACUAUACCUUCCUCAAGACCCACAAGAACCGUAAGCGCAGGAUUGCCUGCACGGCUGAGGAGCCAGAGGCUGUGCCACUGGGGAUGCUCAUCGAUUCCGCCAAGUACCUGGGCUCGCUGCAGUACAAUGUGUGGAAGAAGAUGCUGAACAUCAUCACCGUGGUCCCUUUCAGCUUCAACCCCAACUCAGCAGCAGGCUGGCUUUCGGUGUCUGAAGACCUGACCAGCGUCACCAACGGGAGCUACCGGCUGCUGGUGGAGAACCCCGAGCGCUUCACCUCAGCCCCCUGCAUCCUGGGCUCACGUGGGUUCUCCACCGGCUUCCACACCUGGGAAGUGGACCUGGGUAGUAUCACGAACUGGAGGGUCGGAGUGGCCCAGCUGCGUGGUGGCAUCCAUUGGACCUUCCACCACGACGCACGUUCUGGGUUCUGGUAUAUCUAUCGCCUUCCUGGGAUGAACAGCAAGAUGUGCCAGGCAUCCAACAUGGCUCGCUCGGUGGUGGCACUGGGGGAGCUGGUGCGUAUCCGCGUCGAGCUGGACUGCGACGAGGGCGAGCUCUCCUUCUACAACGCCGACUGCAAGACACACAUCUUCACCUUCCAUGAGAAGUUUGGAGGCACUGUAUUCCCCUAUUUCUAUGUAGGGGGCACACCAGCGGGUGCCACACCGGAGGCGUUGCGUAUCUGUCCCCUCCGUGUCCGCAUCCAUGAGGAUGUCCCCGUGUAGGGCCGCUGUCCCUCUGUGCUGUGUUACCUCCAUCCUGGAGCUCCCCAGGUGCUCUUUUAGAGUCAGCUUUCCUCAGAAAAAAAGAAGAAGACAGAAAAAGAGAAUUUAUGUAUGUGUUACCUCUUUUUUUAUUAUUAUUAUCUUUAAUAAACUGCUAUUCUAGUA